UCUUCAUCGCGGGUGCUUGUUCCGCCAUCUUAGAUGGCGGGAGUUAGAACCGAGCGAGCUUGAAGCAGGAAGGCUUCUCUGCCGUUCUCCGCAGGCCCUCAGACGGGCCAGCUGGCCGAGCUUUGGGGCGCGUGCCCUGAGGCGCGGGGCGCUAGUGCAGCGAUGCGGGGCCUUCCUGGGGCCCCGUCCCCCGGGCUGGGGACACGCCGAAUGUGACCGCAACCCGUUCUCUCAACCACCGCUGUCGCUGCACUACGGGACCCGGCGCUGCCCGGCUCCCUCAGGUAUAAAUACUGUUGAAAUUGCAUCAAUGGAGCACAUACAGGGAGCUUGGAAGACGAUCAGCAAUGGUUUCGGACUCAAAGAUGCUGUGUUUGAUGGCUCUAGUUGCAUCUCCCCUACAAUUGUUCAGCAGUUUGGCUAUCAGCGUCGGGCCUCUGAUGAUGGCAAACUCACGGAUUCUUCUAAGACAAGCAAUACUAUCCGGGUUUUCUUGCCGAAUAAGCAAAGGACUGUGGUCAAUGUGCGGAAUGGGAUGAGCUUGCACGACUGCCUUAUGAAAGCUCUGAAGGUUAGAGGCCUGCAGCCAGAGUGCUGUGCAGUGUUCAGACUUCUCCAGGAGCACAAAGGUAAGAAAGCACGCUUAGAUUGGAACACCGAUGCUGCCUCUCUGAUUGGAGAAGAACUGCAAGUGGAUUUUUUGGAUCACGUUCCACUCACAACUCACAACUUUGCUCGGAAAACGUUCCUGAAGCUUGCAUUCUGUGACAUCUGUCAAAAGUUCCUGCUAAAUGGAUUUCGAUGUCAGACUUGUGGCUACAAGUUUCAUGAGCACUGUAGCACCAAAGUACCUACUAUGUGUGUGGACUGGAGUAAUAUCAGACAGCUCUUGCUCUUUCCAAAUUCCACUGCAAGUGACAGUGGAGUCCCAGCACCACCCUCUUUCACAAUGCGUCGGAUGCGAGAAUCUGUUUCCCGGAUGCCUGCUAGUUCCCAGCACAGAUACUCCACACCCCAUGCCUUCACUUUCAACACCUCCAGCCCUUCCUCUGAAGGUUCCCUGUCCCAGAGGCAGAGGUCAACGUCCACUCCCAAUGUCCACAUGGUCAGCACCACCCUGCCUGUGGACAGCAGGAUGAUUGAGAAUAACAGCCUGAAUGCUUCUCCCAGGGCGUGCUCCAGACGAUUUUGUCUGAGGGGAAGAGAUGCAAUUCGAAGUCACAGUGAAUCAGCCUCACCUUCAGCCCUGUCCAGCAGCCCCAACAACCUGAGCCCAACAGGCUGGUCACAGCCCAAAACCCCUGUGCCAGCACAAAGAGAGAGGGCGCCAGGAUCUGGGACCCAGGAAAAAAACAAAAUUAGGCCUCGUGGGCAGAGAGAUUCAAGUUAUUACUGGGAAAUAGAAGCCAGUGAGGUGAUGCUGUCUACUCGGAUUGGCUCGGGCUCCUUUGGCACUGUGUACAAGGGCAAGUGGCAUGGAGAUGUUGCAGUAAAGAUCCUAAAGGUGGUUGACCCAACUCCAGAGCAACUUCAGGCCUUCAGGAACGAGGUGGCUGUUUUGCGCAAAACACGGCAUGUUAAUAUCCUGCUGUUCAUGGGGUACAUGACAAAGGACAACCUGGCGAUUGUGACCCAGUGGUGUGAAGGCAGCAGUCUCUACAAACACCUGCAUGUCCAGGAGACCAAAUUCCAGAUGUUCCAGCUAAUUGACAUUGCCCGGCAGACAGCUCAGGGAAUGGACUAUUUACAUGCAAAGAACAUCAUCCACAGAGACAUGAAAUCCAACAAUAUAUUUCUCCAUGAAGGCCUCACGGUGAAAAUCGGAGAUUUUGGUUUGGCAACAGUGAAGUCACGCUGGAGUGGUUCUCAGCAGGUUGAACAGCCCACUGGCUCUGUGCUGUGGAUGGCCCCAGAAGUAAUCCGAAUGCAGGAUAACAACCCCUUCAGCUUCCAGUCCGAUGUCUACUCCUAUGGCAUUGUGCUGUAUGAGCUGAUGACUGGGGAGCUUCCCUACUCCCACAUCAACAACCGAGACCAGAUCAUCUUCAUGGUGGGCCGUGGGUAUGCCUCCCCAGAUCUUAGCAGGCUCUACAAGAACUGCCCCAAGGCAAUGAAGAGGUUGGUGGCUGACUGUGUGAAGAAAGUCAAAGAAGAAAGGCCUUUGUUUCCUCAGAUCCUGUCUUCCAUUGAGCUGCUUCAGCACUCUCUGCCGAAAAUCAACAGGAGCGCCUCUGAGCCUUCCCUGCAUCGGGCAGCUCACACUGAGGACAUCAAUGCUUGUACGCUGACCACAUCCCCAAGGCUACCAGUCUUCUAGCUGACGUUAUAGCUGUUCUUAGGCCACCAGGGGACGAAGAAGAGUCAGUAGGCACCACUUUCUGUUUCCUUGGGGGCAGAAUGCAUGUUUCCGGAAAAGCUGCUGCUAAGGACCUAGACUACUCACAGGGCCUUAACUUCAUAUUGCCUUCUUUUCUACCCUUCCUGCCCUGGAAAUGGAAGCUGUCUGCCAAGCCAGCCUGCUCCAGAGGUAUACAAGUCAGCAUUUUUAGGGCAAAUGGCCUUGGAGAGAAGGCAGGGCACUCCGGCUACUGCAGGGACAUGCAAUUGGGAACUUGGCUCAUUGAGCCUGUACUGUUGCAGGGCACAGACAGUGGUGCAGUGCCAGUUUUGCACAUGGAGUCCUGGCCACCUGGGGGAGCCUGCUUUGGUACUACAGAACUUCACUUUGUGGACACACCUUCCUCUUACUGAGUCUAAGGUGUCCUGUGCAGAGGAUGCUUUCCAAGCACGGUGCUCCACCUUCUGGCAGCCUCUCACACGCUGAAUCUGUCUUCCAGGAGCUGCCCCUAUGGGGUGGGCUGCAGCCCAGCCCUAUCUCUAUAGUCACAUCCUUGUCUGUAAGAAAGCCAGGAAUACAGGUUUUCUUAAUGAUUUUGGGUUUUAAUUUUGUUUUUAUUGAGCCUGAUAAAAUACAGUUAUCUGAUGGUUCCUCAAUUAUGUUAUUUUAAUAAAAUAAAUUAAAUUUA